GGCUAAUGUAUCUUCUUCUCCACGUAGCGUACCCGCCGUCCCCCCAAGGAGAUGGUGCCGAUGGAGCCGUCAGCGUUUGCAGCCCAGCUCAUCUCCCGCCUGGAGAGCCUGAAGAGGAAGCAGGACACGCUCAACUCUCUGGAGGAGAAGCUGCAGCAGAUUCAGGAGGAGGAGGAGAAAGACGACACAGAGUUCAUGGGAAGUGCUCGCCAGCUCUCCCCCCACCCCCUCACCCUCCUCCCUGGCUCCUCCGAUGAGGACCCCCAGGCCAUUCUGGACGAACACCUGUCCCGCGUCCUGAGGACCCCCGGCUGCCAGUCUCCCGCUGUCGCCCGCCACUCGCCUCGCUCCAGGUCCCCGGAGCGCGGGCCCCUCACACGGGCCGGCUUUGGGGUCAAGGCUCAGGUGAGGACCGGGCCCUCCACUCCUGACCAAGGGGCCGCCACUCUGUCCGUGGGCCCCGGCAGGACCCUCGUAAGCAGGCAGAGCACCAAACACAUCCACCACCACUACAUCCACCACCACGGCAGUCCCAAGACCACGGAGCAGAUUGAGAGGGAGGCGGCCCUCAGGGUGCACGGCCUGUGCUCCGGCAGCGGGGAGGGCCAACGCAGCCGCAGCCUGGGCCGAGAGAUGUGUGGGGCCGCCUCAGCAGACAGCAGCGUGGGACGUUCCAGCUCUCUGUCCAGACGUGUGUGUCGCUCAGUCGCCGAGGAUGGAGGAUCAGAAGGGUGUGUGGAGGACUGUGGCCCCUCGCAGCUGCCCAGCGACACGGCAGACCCCUCCCAGAACGUGCUGCAGUGGAUCCUGGAAAGUAAACGGCAAGGCAGGCAGAAAUCCCACAGCACGCAGAGCCCCAAGAAUCCCUCCUCUGCACAGACGCACACGUGGGGCGGUGGCGGAAGCUGCGGCCACCUACGGAGCCACCAGCCAGCCCAGCCAUUCAUCCAGGACCCUGCCAUGCCCCCCCUGCCCCCUCCCAACACUCUGGCCCAGCUGGAGGAGGCCUGCCGCAGACUGGAGGAGGUCUCCACCAAGACCACCAAGCAAAGGCAUUCAACAUCCAGCCUCCAGCAAGAGAAGAGCCACCUAGUGCCUGUCCAGGGAGAGGUCUCCGUCCCUCUGUCUCAAGCCAAUCCCAGCCCUGCGAGCCAACUCCCAGCCGGCCCCGGCCUCCAAUCAGAAGAGACAAAGGAGUGUAAGAAGAGUUUAGGAGGCGAGACAGUGGUGACGUAUUUCUUCUGUGGUGAGGAGAUCCCCUACCGGAGGAACAUGAACAGCCACUCUCUCACCCUGGGACACUUCAAGGAGCAGCUCCGCAAGAAGGGCAACUACAG